CGCACCACAGUUAAUUCCUAUGCGGCCAUUUUAUCGUUUUCUAUUCGUGUUUUAAUGAAAUUUAGACACCCGAUUGCUGAUAUACCACAACUAUGAAUGAACUCAUUGGAAAAAUCGUGGUGAUCAAAAGGAAUGGGGCGGAUGGACCACAAUUUCCAUUAAGAACGACCGAAUGCUUCUUUGGAAGAAAACCGGCGUGUGAUAUAAGGAUUCAACUACCAAACGUUUCACUGGAGCACGCUGUGGUAAAAGUCGACGAAAAAGACAAGAUAAGAAUUAUCAACCUCAGCUCUACUAACCAAACUCUCGUCAAUGGGAAACCAAUAACCGAGGCAGAAGUCAAGCAUUUAGAUGUUUUCACAAUAAGUGACAGAUCAUUCAGAUUUGAGUUUGCCUCGCCAGUUUUAAAGAAAGGGAAAGACAAAUCACCCAAGACUAAGAUCCGCCGCUCUGUCUCUUUGGUAAAAACUCCCCCAGAGGGCCAGUCUCCCAAAAUGCCAGUUGCACUGAAGGGCAGCCCUCGAACUCCCACCGCAGGGGAAAGUCUUAAGGAAAACAUCCACCGGCUUCGUAGGUUCUCCAUGCCUUUGCAAGAGGAGGAUGAAAAUUUGAGUUCCCCAGUAUCAAAUAAACCACCACUGUCCACGAUAUUUGUCAAUGCUGAGCCUCAAGACAAAAGUAAUCACCAAGAAAGUACCGAACAAGUCAAUGUAGUAAAGCCUGUUGAGGUUGUAAAAGAGACCAGAAGAAAUUCUAAACGGGUCUCAUUUGGACCAGUUCUUAGUCCUGAACAGUUUGACAAAGAUCUACCCCCAGCAACUCCUGUGAGACGGGGUUCUACACCUAAAAGAGCUGCUUCCUCUGCCAAGAGAAGAAGAUCGGUUCUCUCGGUACCAAAAACUGAUUGCAUUAAAGAAGAUGAUGGAGGUGUUGAAGACUUUUUUAUGACUGAGGAUGUAGACUCGAACGCAAAGUCGCUAAAGGAACACCACAUUAGUCCCGAGGAAGAUAGCCAUGAAUCAGAGUCUGUUCGUAAGGAAAGCACUGCAGUGCAGGAAAAGGUACCAGGGUCUGUUCGGGACACACCUGAAAGAAGUCAGCCGUCGUCAGAACAAAUUACACCCAAAAGUACUAAACCUAAAAGCAGGAGGAGAUCAUCGUCUCUGGUGGGAGAAAUGAAGUUAGAGCUCACUGAGACCAGCAGAGUCACUACAGCGAGUGAUACUGUGACAGAGGAAUCGAAAAACGCAAGACGAUCGUCAUUGAGACUCGCGCAAAAAAGCCCUGUACAAAGAUCAAUAGCGCCUGAGACUGCCGCUACUGCAAGUAAUGACGAUGAAGACAUCGAUGAAACUAUUUUGGACAGUGAUGAUUACACUUCGGAUGAAGAAGAUCCAGUAGGAGGAGAGGGAAAAGAGACGGGGCAGAGUAAACUUGGAAAAGCCCUGAAAGAAGAGGUUGAGCAACAGAAGGCAAAGAAGAUAGCCACACCCAUGAAGAAUGAGAUCGCAAAUGGAGUCAAUCUCCGACAAACUAAGAAAAAGAUGACAACACCUCUCCGAAAAGAAAUUGAAGAGGGGGUCAAAUUACACGAGACCAAAAAGAGGAUGGCCACACCAUUGAAGAAAGACAUUGAAAAUGGGACCAACCUUCGACAAACCAAAAAGAAGAUGGCGACACCGUUGAAGAAAGAGAUAAAAGAGGGAAUCACAUUGCAACAGACGAAGAAGAGGAUGGCCACACCAUUGAAAAAAGAAAUUGAAACUGGAACAAGCCUUCGAGAAACCAAAAAGAAGCUUGCCACGCCCUUAAAGAAGGAAAUUGAAAAUGGGACAAACCUUCGAGAAACCAAAAAGAGGCUUGCAACGCCCCUAAAGAAGGAAAUUGAAAAUGGGACGAACCUUCGACAAACUAAGAAGAUGAUGGGCACACCAUUGAAAAAGGAAAUUGAAACUGGAACAACCCUUCGAGAAACCAAAAAGAAGCUUGCCACGCCCUUAAAGAAGGAAAUUGAAAAUGGGACGAGCCUUCGACAAACCAAGAAGAUGAUGGGCACACCGUUAAAGAAAGAGAUAAAAGAGGGAAUCAAAUUGCAUCAGACGAAGAAGACUAUGGCCACGCCCCUAAAGAAAGAAAUUAAAAAUGGGACCAGUCUUCGACAGACCAAAAAGAAGAUGGCAACUCCUCUCAGGACGGAGAUCUUGGAAGGCGUGAAAUUGAGAGAGACAAAAAAGAAGCUACAAACUCCGGUCAGGAAAGCGAUAGAAGAUGGCGUCACCUUGAAGAAAACCAAGAGUAAGCUUUCCACACCGUUGCGAAAAGCCAUUCAAGCCAAACCAGAAUUGCGGCAGACCAAGAAAAUUAUGAACGUGCUGCUUCAGGAUGAUAUCAAGCAAGGUGUUAACCUUAGGAAAACCAAGCAGAGCAUGCCACUUGAGGUUCAGAUUGAGAUCAUCAAAGGAAAGAAACUUAGGUCAACGAAGAAGAGUUUGCCCACUCCUGUGAAGAAUGAUAUCAGUGGAGGAGUAACUUUGAGGAAAACGAAGAAAAGCUUACCGACACCACUGAAGGAGCAGAUCAAAAAGGGUUUGCCUUUACAAAAGACCAAGAAGAGUCUACCUACUCCUGUGAGAAAACAGCUUGAAGGAAAAGUUACACUGAAGUCCACCGUUAAGUCCGUGAAGCGAAAGAGAAGCGAAGGUGGACUCAACGAACACGAUGCAAAGAGAAUGAAAACUUCACCUUCAGAAGAGGUGAAUGAAGAAAGUAAAGGGUUCCAAGAAGCUCCGGUAAGAAGAGCCUUAAAGACUCCGCUCAGGAAAGCCAUUAUUGCGGGAAGAAAACUGCGACCCACCCGUCACCGUAUGGCCACACCACUUCGCACUGGGAUCCACUCUAGACCAGCACUCAGAGCUGUUCGUCGGAAGUCGUCAUCUGUUCGGGACGAGAUCGGACCGCGAAAACCCACAUACGCAGAAAUCGUGAAAAGAGCUACAAAGACUGCUUUGAGAAGAUCUUCCAAGGGAAAUUCAUUCAAGUUUGGAAAAACGGCACCAAUUUGUAAGAAGGCCGAAUCUGUUCCACCCGCUAAUGUUGCUGAUGUUGUUGCAGCAGAUCAUGAAGUCCCCAGCAAACCUGUCAAUGACAGUCAGUCAAUCCAGAAGCGGAGAAGUGCACGUCUUGACGGAAAGGCCGUUCCCCAAGCGAUGGUCGACAGUGUGGGUGUGCUAAAUUCACCAGAGACCAACGAGAACGCUCCUCAAAGUACUUGGAUGUCAAGCCUUGCACGAGCCACCAACGGCGUGAAAGCACGUGCCAAACCUGUGGAAGACUUGGAAGGCCUGGUAGAAAUGUUUGCUACCCCACCGAUGGUUGACAUCAGUAAGGACACAUCCAAACAACAAAAAGGAAGCAACUGGUUGUCGAGUCUUGCCAAAGCGACGAAAGCUCCACGAAAACGUGGAAUGGCUGUCGAAGAUUUCGAAGGAGUGCCUGAAAUGUUUGCAACACCACCAUCUAUCUCCGUGGCCACACCGCGCACCACCACAGAAGACGAGCUCACUUCAAGUCCUGAAGAGCAAGACUUAAACUUGACAGAAUCCUUGAAACUAUCAAAGACGCCUUCUUUGAGAAGUUUUGGAGAAGAUACGGAGUUUGUUCAGAUAGUAACCCCCAUACACAGCUCUCACACCCCGUCACUAAGGUCAAUAAAUGCGCAAACUAUCAAGAGUGCUGUAACGCCAGAGGUGUUGCUGGAAAUGAAAGAAGCAUUAAUGACACAGAAGACACCAUCUCUGCGAAGUUUAGCCAAAGAUGCUGUUACAGUGGAAGUUGUGACUCCGCUGCAGCCUUCUCGUACGCCAUCUCUUCGUUCUGCCAUGCAGCAAACGUCUGUCUUCUCUAGCGAGUCUCCAGACAUUAAAAUGGAGGUUAUUAAGCCAAUAGCUCCAACCAAAACCCCAUCUAUUCGUUCCUCAGAUCAAGUAAAGGCAGUUUCAGCCGUCAACGUUAAAAAACCCAGUACCAGUGACCGAAAAAGUUUAGGUCUGCAAGGCCUCGCCCGACUGAUGAAGGUACCGAAAGAGAAAAAUGCCGUGGAGAAUGUCGAAGAUUUCUUUGCUCCCAGCGUUUUUGCAUCUCCCAAGCCGGAACCCAAACGUUACUCACGCAAAAGUGAAGGGUUACAAGGAGUUGCCAGGUUGCUGAGAACACCAGGUGAUAUGGGUGAAGGGGCCGCUGUAGAGAGCCCAAAGUUUGACGGUAUUAAGAAAAUGAUGCGAACUGAGAAAGCUGUGGCCAGUCCGAACUUUGUUGGGCUCAGGGCGCUGAUGCAGACACCUAAAGAUUCUAAGAGAGCUGUUGACCUUGAAGAACACUUCAUAUCAGAUUUAUUUUUGCUGCCUGUCGAGGAUUCCUUCCAAGACACAGUCCAAUCCGUUGUCCAGGGUGAAUGUGAUAAGGAGCAGGAUGUACGGGCUAUCAACUUAAUUUCUCCAGAAUCCGAAGAAAAGACAGCUGAAGCAUCAGAGGACGUUAGCUCCGAAACUGUACAAAGAGUGACCCGAGCCAAGCGUAAGCCACUCGAAAAACUGCCUGAACCAGUGCCUAAAAGAGGGCGCACUACUCGUGCAGCUGCAAAACAAAGCAGUGAAAGCAAAAAAUCUCCCUCCAAUCUGAAAGUCGUGCAAAGAAAGACAACGACGAGAAGUAAAAAGAGUUCGGCAGCAAGCCUACCAAGCACGCCGAAACCGUUAGAAUUUAAGCGCACGCAACUAGAUCCAAUUAUUGAAGUUCUUUCUCCUUUGCCUGCGACUGAUCAGACGGUCGAGGUCGCCGCCUCCCCUACAUUGGUUGAGCCCGAAGCAACAGAGAAAGCCUUUACCAGGGGAGGAGCGGAGGAAACAACCGAUUUCAAAGCGCAGCAAACGGAGCCUUCGCGAUGUUCUCGUCGUGGGAUCCGUGCUAAAGCCAGAGUAGAUUCUUCCUCUGAAGAGUGCAGUGGAGGUGAAGUCGCUGAAAAGCGUGUUGCUACAAAGAGAAGGACACGAGCGAAAGUCGAGGAAGACAGCGGCAGCAGUAGUGUAGAUGUACAGAAGGCUGAUGUUGAGACUGGAAAGAGUGGUGGUAAAGGUCGAGCAACGCGUAGCUCUCAACUUAAAGAAGCACCUUCACAAAACGUUAAACUGCCAAGAACGACAAGAAGCGGUCGCAACCGAAGAGCUGAAGUUGCAGAGGUUGAAGAUAAAGUUGUGAUUGGUGAUGCUGCCGACGAAACUAUCAACAACUCCACAACCACGCGCUCUCGACGCAAAGCCAGGACCACCGAAGAAUCUGCCUCAGUUAUGUCUGAGGAAGAGAGUGUUCGAAAUGGAAAAGUCCAACAAAAUGACGCAGAAGCGACAAAAGUAAGGAGAACUCGUUCGAGAAGAACAGCCGACAAGAAUAAUACUGUUAACGAAGACAAGCUGGCCCAAAGCAGUCAAGCAAAGCGAACUAAGAAAGAGAGCGUCGCUAAAGCAGACGAAGAGACACAGUCGGAAGAGAAGGAGGCGUCUUCAAAGCAGAGAUCCACAAGACGCACUCGCGGAAAUCCGGUUGAGAGCAUUGUUCCUGAGAGCACUGCUGCCUCACUUCAGGAGGUGGAAAAUUUCCAGUCAAAGAGUUCCGUGAAAAAUGUCCGGGGUAAGCGAGAGCCCAAAGGAAAAGCACUGGAAGAGCCCAGAACAACACGGUCAUCAAGGAGCGCAAACCCAGCAAAAAUAAAACCAACAGUUGAACCACAGCUACCCGUGCGUUCAACUCGAGGGAGAAAAAGGCAGCUCGGUGAAGAGGAGGUUGCUGAACCUGCCGUUCCAGAGGCGAAAAGGAAACGAUCAAGUGCGCGAGCGCGAGAUGUCGAGCCACCACAAACCAGGUCACUGCGCUCACGAAAGUAGUAAUUGACCACCGUGUUCCAUGAUGAUAUUUACGUUCGCGGCACCGCUUUUCCGAGAGAGACUAUGAUUAAAUCAGUUCUAAAGUUUAUGUUUACACGCAUAGCGUUAUUCACAUCCACUCGCAAGCAAGUUGGGUGGACAAAUCUGAGAACAACUUUGAUCGUACGUAAACAUGCUGUAAAUAUUUGACUGCAAACAUUCUUUCUUAAGAAAUUGAACAUAACGAGCUAGUUCCAGAUUUAAGUUCUAUCAACUUUCUCUAUUUUUAUACGUUUUACGGUAUGAAUUUUUCAGUUAGCUAAUUAACAACAGGCUUUAACCGUUUUAACGAGAGGUUCUUUCAAAGAAACUGCGAUCUUAUUUGCUACCACAUUGCCAAUGACAAUUUAAGUAGUAUAUAGAGUUAUGUUUUAUCAAACCGUUGCCCUAGAGGUGGAUUCAAUUUUAUCAGAACCAUCAUGUUACAUUAUUUUACGUAAAUCAAAUUUGUUUAAGUUGUCGGUUUGUUUAUUCAUCAAUUAUGUAACGAGAGGCUUUUCUCACACAUGUAUUACAUUUUAUGAUUUUAGGUAAAGUGUGUUUCAAGGAGGAAAUGAAAAUUGCGCUUUUGUCGCGCGAGUUUCCUGUAUAAAUCGGGUCAUGACCCUCAUAUAUUCCACAUCAAGUAGAACAAAACGUGAAAGUCAUGCCAUGUAAAUAUCUUCAGGGCAUAUUAAAAUUAUUUUAUCCAUAGUGA